GGAGCUCGUGGAGAGCACGUGAAUGUAUCAUAGUUGGACGCGACGGAGAGGAGAGGAAAGAAAAGGGCAAGGAAGGGACCUGCAAUAAAUUCAGCCUCGCGCUCUUGGCGCCAAUCUGAUUUAAAGAGAACAAAAAGAGCUAUUUUUUUCUCCAUUUGAUGUUUUAUCAAAUUUGCGCCUACCUGCUGCUUCUUUCGCAGCCAUUGGUCGGUGCUAUAGCCAGCUAGCCUCGUUAGCACACUAUCUAUCAUUGUCAUAUUAAUCUGCCCCCCUUCUGUAGUGGAGAUACUAAUAACUCAGCAACAGCAAAGCACAGGGACAAUAGAGGUGUGUUUCUCCUGGGGGAUUGAUAAAACACCGCUGCAAAAAUGGGGAGAAAGUCCAACAGAGCAAAGGAGAAGAAAGCCCGGCGUCUGGAAGAGAGGGCAGCUAUGGAUGCCGUGUGUGCCAAGGUGGACGCAGCCAAUAAGCUUGAUGACCCACUGGCUGCCUUCCCAGCCUUCAAGAAGUACGACAGAAAUGGGCUGAACCUGCAGAUAGAGUGUAAGAGAGUGACCUCCCUCAACCCGCUGUCUGUGGAGUGGGCCUUCGAACUCACCAGAGCCAACAUGCAGACACUGUACGAGCAGAGCGAGUGGGGUUGGAAGGAGAGGGAAAAGAGGGAGGAGAUGAACGACGAGAGGGCGUGGUACCUACUGGCCCGCGACGGCGAGUCCGCCCCUGUGGCCUUCUCUCACUUUCGAUUUGAUGUGGAGUGUGGGGAGGAGGUUUUAUAUUGCUACGAGGUGCAGUUAGAGAGCAGAGUGCGGAGGAAAGGACUGGGAAAGUUCCUCAUCCAGAUACUACAGCUCAUCGCUAACAGUACACAGAUGAAGAAAGUGAUGUUGACAGUUUUCAAACACAACCACGGGGCUUAUCAGUUCUUCAGAGAAGCUUUACAGUUUGAGAUCGAUGAGACUUCGCCAAGCAUGUCCGGUUGCUGCGGCGACGACUGCUCUUACGAGAUCCUCAGCCGGCGGACCAAACACGGCGAGGCCUCGGCAGGACACACCCACGGGGGUGGGCACUGCGGGGGUUGCUGCCACUGAGCCGCUCCAGUUCUACCUUUUUCUGAUUGGUUAAAAGCCAGCAACUUACAUGGCUGUGUGUGAAAGCUUGAGCUGCCUCCUACUCUGCAAGCGUUUUGAGUUCGACCGGCUGUAGAGUGCCGUUU